AUGUAUCUCAGAGUUGUAGCUGGUUAUGGAGAUGUGGGCAAGGGAUGUGCUGCUGCCUUGAAGCAAGCUGGUGCCCGUGUGAUUGUGACUGAGAUUGAUCCCUUCUGUGCUCUUCAAGCUCUUAUGGAAGGCCUCCAAGUUCUUACUCUUGAAGAUGUGGUCUCUGAAGCUGAUAUCUUUGUGACCACCACUGGUAACAAGAACAUCAUCAUGGUAGACCACAUGAGAAAGAUGAAGAAAAACGCCAUUGUUUGCAAUAUCGGGUGGUUUGCCAUGUUAUUUUGAAUUAUAUUUAUGAUUUGUAAAAUGGUUGUUGCCUUGUUGGUAGAAUUUGGUUAUUUAGGAUUGUAGUUUGUACUUUAUAAUAUAA